UGAGUGGCGUAUUGAGAUUGCCCAAAAAAAAAAGGGGGACAGAAGAACGUUGAGGGCCCUCUACUUUUUGAACUCUAUAUAAUUCAUGUGACGGAUGCGAUGACACGUGUGUAGGUUAGAAAUGAAGCUCGAAUAUUAGCUACCACAGCACUAUAUAUACAUAAUAAAUAUAGGACCACAUAAAGUACUAUUAACAAAUCAGUACUAGCAAUUUCUACAAAAUUCUUCUUUCUUCAUAGCAUUUGCCUUGUUUUUUCAUACAACAAAAAUGGCUAAUGAUGAGGUGAUUCUGUUGGAUUUCUGGCCUAGUAUGUUUGGUAUGAGGCUAAGGAUUGCACUUGCUGAGAAAGAGGUAAAAUAUGAGUCCAAAGAAGAGGAUUUGAGGAACAAAAGUCCACUGCUUUUACAGAUGAACCCUGUCCACAAGAAAAUACCAGUUUUGAUUCACAAUGGAAAACCAAUCUGUGAGUCUAUUAUUGCAGUUGAGUAUAUUGAUGAAGUGUGGAAGGAUAAAGCUCCUUUGCUUCCUACUGAUCCUUAUGAAAGAGCACAAGCUAGAUUCUGGGCUGACUACAUUGAUAAGAAGUUUUUUGAUUCUGGCCGGAAGAUAUGGACAACAAAGGGAGAAGAGCAAGAGGCAGCUAAGAAAGAUUUCAUAGAAUGCCUUAAGGUACUGGAGGGAGCACUAGGAGAGAAGCCUUUCUUCGGAGGGGAUAACUUGGGUUUUGUGGAUGUUGCUCUGAUUGGGUUCUACAGCUGGUUUUUUGCUUACGAGACUUAUGGUAACUUCAGCACAGAGGCUGAGUGUCCAAAGUUUGUCACUUGGGCCAAGAGGUGCAUGCAGAGGGACAGUGUGGCCAAGUCUUUGCCUGACCAACAUAAGGUCCUUGAGUUUGUUCAAACGCUAAGAAAGAAGUAUGGAAUUGAAUAAACAUAUGCAUAUACAAUUAUGCAUCAUAAUGUGCUAUAAGAAAGGCUCUUCGGCCUUCUUGAGCUGUAGGUUCAAAUUCGAACAGUUUGUUUGGUCAAUUGUGUUAAGUGAGUUCUACUUUUACUUGUAAUAAAAGACACUUAGAUCUGUCUUGUUGAGUGUUGGCUUUUGUAACCUGUGUUAUGUAAUUCUAUUUUAUGCCAUCAGGAACAUAAAGCUCUAUGAUUUUGCUUUUCUUGA